CGGAACUUUCAUUCUUGUGAAGGGAUUCCAUCCCUGAACAACAUUUUGUUAUAUUAAAAAAUGUUAUCCUUUAAGGAAUAUGAACCGAAAUUGCUGUUGUUUAAAAAUGUGACAAAUGCUGGCGAAGUUCGAGAAAGAAUAAUCAAGGCCAACUUACCUUGCGCUGCCAUUAACCCUCGAUAUGUGUUUGAUACCUUUCAAGUAUUGGUGGCUACUCAAUUAGCUGUGAUGAGUCAACAGAAUAAAGCACUGCGAACACAUUCAGUGUUUUCUGAGAUUGUUUAUAAUAUGUCUCCAACAAGAAAGAUCUCAGAUUCUUUAAAAAUAUUUGGAAUGAGUGAGAAGGAUACUUCAGUUCUUUGUGUGGUGCUGAGUAAAGAAGAUAUGGAACUUGUAUGUUCUGAAGUAAAAGGAGAAUUGACAAAUCCUGCUGAAAGCAAUUUUGGAAUAUGUGAUGAAGAUGAGCUAAGAAAAAUUUACAAAAUCAAAGAAGUAGAAAUGAAAACUGUAUCAUUGUUGGAUUCUAUCAUCAACAAAAUUUCCACUAAAGAGAUAAUUACAGCAUAGAACAUCGACAAAAAUCUAAAUUGGGUACUGAAAUCAGCUAUAUUCUUCAUUCAUAUUUGACAGUACAUUUUAUAAUUUUCACUUCAUCAGUUGGCCUGUCAUCUUUAUCGGUUUCAACAAACCCAAUCCGUUUCACAACAGACAUGCCUGAGUGUAUCCUUCCAAAUAUGGAGUGUUUGCCAUCCAGCCAUUGUGUUGGGGCUAAAUAAAUUUGUAAAGUAACACAAAGCUUUAUUUUUUGAAUAAUUAGAUGUAGGUGCUCUCUAACCUAGGGUUAUGAAGAACUGAGAUCCAUUAGUGUUUGGUCCUGAAUUUGCCAUGGAUAGUAUGCCAGCACCUGUAAAUAAAGAAAGAAUGUAAAAGGUGACGCUGUGGUUCUUUUUACUUUUGAGGAGAUAACCUGUAUGUUUUAACUCAUCAUGAAGUUCAUCUGAAAAGUUGCGCCCAUAUAUAGAUGCUCCUCCUCUUCCAGUACCAGUUGGAUCACCACCUUUUAUUUUCUAAUUUAAACAACUUUCAUAGUCAACACAAUACAAAUGUUGUCUCGU